CGGCCACAGUCCAUCACAGAUCCACCGGCAGAACGGAAGCAAGAAGCUGAGGGGCAAGAACAAUGCGGACGCUGUGUUUUUUCUGGUCUCUAUCAGUGUGGCUGGGCUGUGGGGAGUCCCAGACUCUGACUCAGCCUCCAACCGUGUCGGUGAAUCCAGGAGCCACGGCCACGCUGAAUUGUAACAUCGGAACAAAGGAUAGCUAUGGUGUUGGCUGGUACAAGCAGACACCGGGAACAGUUCCACAGUUGGUCGUAUAUCGCUAUUAUUCCUCGAGUAGCCCAAGCUACGGCCCUGGGUUUAGCAGCGACCGUUUCACGUCGACAGUCAACAGCGCCGGCACCGAGUACCCGUUGAGCAUAAAGAACACGGAGAAGAGUGACGCCGCCGUCUAUUACUGCGGAAAGUGGUUUUCAUCCACCAAUACUGUCGGAUUCGGCCGAGGGACCAAGCUCUUUAUUGCAGAUCCGCAGCUCCCGGACCCUUCAGUGAAACUGCUUGGGCCGUCAGCCGAGGAGAUCUCCGCUAAAGGAUCGGGCACCUUAGUUUGCCUGGUCAGUAAAUUGUCGAUCGGCUUCCCUGUCGUCAGCUGGACAGUGAACGACAGUCCGACGAGCAGUGAGGUGCAAACCAGCGGGGUGACUCAGAACGCGGACAAAACCUUCAGUCUCAGCAGCUACCUGACGGUGCCCGGCGCAGACUGGAGCAGUGGGAAGAGGUACUCCUGCUCAGUUCAACAAGGAGCAGCCUCGACAAUAUCCGCAACAGUCACACAAUCCAGCUGUUAAACAGAGCGCGGCUUCGGCCUUGUUUGUUCCUGAUUAACGGGAGAUCAUGUCCUUGUAUCUUUCACCUCUACCACUCUUACUCGCUCUUCACUGUACUUCCCUUCUGUUCCACUCUCUGUAGUUUCCACUGUGAUGUUGGAAUAUUUGUACUCUGAUUUGAGGCUGAUUUUGUCAUUUUUCCUACGGAGAAGCUACGCGGUGUUAAAGUGGAUAGUUCCAUGGAUUUUGGAAAUUUCAGGCGGUGAAUGAUUUUCUCUGGCACCGGGGUUUGGAUUAAUUAGAAUAAUUAAUAAAUGUUUUUGACAUUCGCUCUCAGUUUCAAACUAACAGAAGGUAACGGUGACUAACUACCAAUAAAUAUGAUCAAU